GAGAGAGGUCGGGCUGUGGAGAGGACCUCAGUCAGAGCGCAGCCAUUCAUCAGGACCCCUUGGGAGACCAGAACCACAACCAUGGCCCAGGAGGGGGGUGAAGAGACCGGGACCUGAGAGAGACUGGUACCUGAGAGAGACCGGGAUCUGAGAGACCGGGACCUGAGAGAGACCGGGGCCGGGACCAGCUGGAGUCGUUGCCAUGGUGAUGCUGUGGUUGGCGUACCUCCUGCUGGGUUUGGACCCCCUCCCGCCGGCCCUCGGCCAGACGGCCCCUCCAGUGUCUCUCAAGCGCCUCUCCUGUGUGAAUGACUUUGUGAACAAGGUGAUCUGCAGCUGGGCCCUGUCUGACCCCCCCACCCGGGCCGCCCCCCCCACCCGGGCCGCCCCCCCCUCCGGGUGCCGGGUUCGGGGCAGCAGGAACACCUGGGACAGCGAGACGGGCCGGGGUGAGCUGCGGAGCUGGAGCUGUGAGGUCGAAGCGCUAGGAGGCAACGAGAGAGGAUGCAGCUUCGUCUUUAAACAGGUGUUUGCCUGGGGCGAGGCGCUGCCCAAGGUUCAGGUGGACUGCGGCGGGACCAUCGUGGACCCCAUCCUGGGGUACCCUCUCAGGCAGCACAUUCAGAUGAACCCUCCAGGCCUUCCCAACGUCAGCAGCAGUCCUAACGAGACGCUGAUCUCCUGGGGACCUGGGAGUCCUCUCUCCAGACACCUGAAGGAACCCAACAAAGCGUUUGAGCUUCAGAUCAAACACAGAGACCAGCAGUGGCAGGAGGCCCGCACUCUGUCCACCCUGGACCAGGAGCUGAGGUUCCCCAGCCUGGAGGGGGGGGCGGGCCCCCACCAGGUCAGGGUGAGAGUCCGGCCCCCCCAGGAGUACGGGUCCCACUGGAGCGACUGGGGCCCCGUGGCCUCCUGGGAGGUGGUCCCGCAUGACCCCAGGACCCCAGGACAGGUCCCCGUCCUGAAGACCUCUGUCCUCACAGCCGGGUCCUCGGCCCUCGGCCUGCUCCUCUUCAUCACUCUGCUCAUCAUGAUCUUUCACUACAAACCAAGGCUAUUCAGGAGCAAACCGCUUCCCGACCCGUCCAAAUACUUCCAGGGUCGGUGCUCUCUCCCUGGACCCGGCCUGAAGACGUGGCUGAACCCCCACUCCUCCUCCAGGCUGUGCUUCAGCUCCUUCAGCCCCGACUCCUUCUCCCCGGUGGCGGUGUCUCCCCCCCCCCCCUCCUCUGCCCCCCUGCUCCGCCCUCUCUGCUCCGGCUCCCCCGGUCAGCGGGAGCCCCAUCUGCUCCGCCUUCGGCCGCUCCACCUCGGGCCCUUCACUCCGGCCCCGGCCGCCCACCAGCCCCCCCUGCACCCCCCCACGGAGCCACAGAGCCCCGACUCAGGGAUCAGCGUGGGGCCCCAGUACCUGCCGGAGGAGGGGCGGGCCGGAGGCUGGGGGGAGCAGGGGGGGGAGGAGGAGGAGAAAUGUUUGAACUCUUUGUGGGAGCAGGGCCUGAGCCGCGUCUUCCUCCUGGCCGCUCGGAGCUCCCCAGGGGCUCCGCCCUCGACCACGCCCUCCCCCCCAAGCCAACCCCCUUGGCCCUGGAGCCCCCCCCCCCUGGACGAGGAGGAGGGUGAUUAUGAUGCUUAUGAGGAGGAGUACGACCUGAUGCCAGUAGGGGGCGCCAUGGGCCGGUCCAGCUCCAUGCCGGUGGAGCCCAGCAGUGGGUACCAUACCCUCAAAGACCUGCAGACCACCUACAGCAGCGUCUCCAUCUGACGGGGAGCGGCCACAGCGCCACCUGCUGGUACAGGCCCGGUACAGCUUGAUUUAAUAUGCAUAAACGCCGCCAUUUUAGAAGCAAUUGUAAUUGGUAUUUUAGGAUUUGACGUGACUACAACUCUCUUGGAAAAUGGCAGAACAAAAAAUGGCGGAAUAAUUCUUCUUUGAUGCCUACAGACGUACAAGUCCGACUGAGUGAGUCAUGUCAUGUGCUGUAUAUUUGCUAAUUCAAAUCUAAAGUACUUUUCUUGCAGAAUUCAACGCAUUAAAGAUUACACAUGUAGCCACAAAGUGAGGAUCAGCUGCACUCAACCUGUCCCUGUCUAGGACUCAGCUUAAUCGCUGGGGAAUUCUUUCUUUACUCCUUAAAGCAAGAAAUCGUUCAAGUUUAUUUUAUAAAAUGGUCAAAAAUUUCAUAUUUUUAUUGUUAUCUGUGAUUUGUUUAUAUUACAUUAAUCAAUGAUUUAGUUUAAGAAACAUGCUUUAAUCAUGUAUGGCAAUACUGGUCUUUCGUUUAUGUUAUUUGAUCAAUCUAUUUUUAGGAAUGAUUUGUUAAUUCAAAAUGUAGCUUUUAUAUUUAAUAUUUAGCCAACCAAAUAAAAAUAAUGUAUGGAUUGCAAUGCUUCUCAUUAUUUAUGUAAAAAGCGGAAUCAAACCCAAUCUUAAAGCUUGGUCCAACACACAAAGAGCUCCUGGGGCCCAAGGCCAGGAGCUCUGUAUAUCUCUGGACCUGCGUUAUAUAGACUAGUGCUCCAGCGAGCAACACGUUGGCUACAGGUUCAUACUGUAGAGCAACUCGUGGGCUACAGGUUCAUACUGUAGAGCAACUCGUGGGCUACAGGUUCAUACUGUAGAGCUACUCGUGGGCUACAGGUUCAUACUGUAGAGCAACUCGUGGGCUACAGGUUCAUACUGUAGAGCAACUCGUGGGCUACAGGUUCAUACUGUAGAGCAACUCGUGGGCUACAGGUUCAUACUGUAGAGCAACUCGUGGGUUACAGGUUCAUACUGUAGAGCAACUCGUGGGCUACAGGUUCAUACUGUAGAGCAACUCGUGGGCUACAGGUUCAUACUGUAGAGCAACACGUUGGCUACAGGUUCAUACUGUAGCAACACGUUGGCUACAGGUUCAUACUGUAGAGCAACACAGGGCAUCAGGUUCAUACUGUAGAGCAACUCGUGGGCUACAGGUUCAUACUGUAGAGCAACUCGUGGGCUACAGGUUCAUACUGUAGAGCAACACGUUGGCUACAGGUUCAUACUGUAGAGCA